AUGCUUCUUCAAAGCGUCUUCGCUCUUGGUCUCGCCACCACCGCUCGUCUUGUCUCAGCAGGACCAUGCGACAUCUACAAAUCCGGCGGAACACCCUGCAUCGCCGCCCAUAGCACCACCCGUGCCCUCUUCGACAGCUACAACAGCGCCCUCUACCAGAUCAAGCGUGCCUCAGACGGCGCCCUCACCGACAUCAAGCCUCUCUCCGCAGGCGGUGUCGCAGCUUCCUCUGCCCAAGACUCUUUCUGCAGUGGCACAACCUGUCUCAUCACCAUCAUCUAUGAUCAGUCCGGUCGAAGCAACCACUUGACCCAGGCUCCUCCUGGUGGCUUCAAGGGCCCUGAGGCGAAUGGCUAUGAUAACCUUGCCGCUGCUGAUGGUGCACCUGUUACUUUGAACGGCAAGAAAGCCUACGGUGUAUUUAUUUCCCCGGGCACUGGCUACCGUAACAACCAUGUUAGUGGUUCCGCUACGGGUGAUGAACCCGAGGGUCUGUAUGCUGUUCUUGACGGAACGCACUACAACGGCGCCUGCUGCUUCGAUUACGGUAAUGCAGAGACUAGCAGUACUGAUACUGGAAAUGGACACAUGGAAGCUAUUUACUUCGGUGACAGCACCGUCUGGGGAUCAGGUUCCGGCAGUGGACCUUGGAUCAUGGCAGAUCUCGAGAACGGUCUUUUCUCUGGAAAGAAUCCCAAGCAGAAUACUGCUGACCCAACUAUCAACCAUCGCUUCACCAGUGCCGUCGUUAAAGGCAAGCCCGGAACGUGGAGCAUUCGUGGCGGAGAUGCUACCUCGGGUGGACUAUCAACUUUCUACAACGGCGCGUAUCCUGACGGCGGGUAUAGCCCAAUGAAGAAAGAAGGCGCUUUGAUCCUCGGAAUAGGAGGUGAUAAUAGCAAUGGUGCUCAAGGAACUUUCUACGAAGGAAUUGUUACUUCAGGAUACCCAUCCGAUGCGACUGAGAACGCCGUGCAGGCCAACAUCGUCGCGGCCAAGUACGCCACUACGUCUUUGACAAGUGGAUCCGCUCUUACCGUCGGAUCAUCUAUUUCCCUCAAACUUACUACCUCCGGCUACACAGACCGCUAUCUCGCACACAGCUCCUCCACCGUCAACACCCAAGUCGUCUCCAGCUCCAGCACCACCGCCCUCAAGAAACAAGCAAGCUGGACAGUCCGCACCGGUCUUGCCAACAGCGGCUGUGUCUCUUUCGAGUCUAACGAUACUCCUGGAAGCUACAUCCGACACUCUGGCUUCACCUUGUAUGUGAACAAGGGUGACGGAAGCAAGUCGUUCAAUGAGGAUGCUACGUUCUGUCCCCAGAAGGGUUUGAGUGGACAGGGAAGUUCGAUUCGAUCGUGGAAUUAUCCUACGAGGUAUAUUCGUCAUUAUAACAAUGUUGGGUAUGCUGCCUCGAACGGUGGUGUUCAUGACUUUGAUGCUGCCAAUAGUUUCGUCGAUGAUGUUACCUUUGUUGUUGCCCAAGGCUUUGCCUAG